UAUAGAAUUUCAUAAAGAAUAAUUGAAAAUGGACCUCUACGAGCCCUGUGUGGAGCAAGAGCUGAAGGACAAGUUCUUUAAUGCGAUUGAAUGAGGAGAUCUGGAUUUGGUCAAAUCCUUCCUUGAGGAAGAGCCAGAUCUUCUUAAUAUAAGAGCUGUGAAUGACUGGACACCUGUAAUGUUUGCAGUACGCUAUGGAUGGCUUGAGAUGACCAAGUUUUUAAUAGAGGAAGGAUGUGAUCUUCAUAAUGAUAAAGGAAAUUAUGAAAUUUUACAUACUGCUUGUAUUGGACAGAAUGAGCAAGUUAUAAGAUAUCUCCUUAAAGAGAAAGGAUGUGACUUGAACUGUCAGAAGAAACAGAGUGCUCCUUAUUUAUUGAUUCCAGAGAUGAAGACAUUCCUGGCGCUCUUUCUCACUCAUGGCCAGUUGAUCUACGAAAUCAGAAUUAAAAAGUCAACUUAUAAGCGUCUUAACAGAGGAUACAAUGUGUCUUAUGAUGAGGUUGAUGUUGAAGAAGAAACUGGCACUGAGGAAGAUUACACUGAGCUUGUUAUCAAUGACCCUUUCCAAGAAUACGAUAAGGAGAAGGUGCUGAAGGCAUAUAAAAUUUCAGAAAUUGACAAAAAGAUAGUCUACGAUAGACACCUUUCCUUUCUGUCAGUCAUGUUGAAGUGGGAAAGAGAAGGAAACUGCCCCAAAAAGAAGAAUCUUAAUCGUAUCCUGGCUUACAUCUAAUUCCAUCUUUAAUUUUAGACAAAAAAAUUAUUU